ACCCUAUUGUAAAGUCACAAGCUCUAGGCCCCACCCUCUUAUCUGUCUGUCCCAGGCUGCACCCGGCGUUCCUCCCCAGGGCCGGGGCGUGGCGAUGAAGGGCGGGCGAGAUCUUAAGGCCGCUCCGGGCGGAGCAGGUGAGACCAGUUCUGAGGGGAUGGAAGGUGGCAGAAGGACUUCCGCCUGGAGGGGUUGGCCCUAGAGAGGGAGCCGGGGAAGGUAUGGGACCAGCGAUGCGGAGGCCGCUGCCCCGCGUGCGCCCUCGGUCAGAGUUCAUGUACCUGGCGUCCUGGGAUGGAUGCUCGCGCUUCGCCCCUGCAGACCGACCCCUGGCUCCAGCCUACGCCCCGUGCCGCCCUGGGCGUCUCCAACGCCACCUCCUGAGCGGCGAGUUCGACCAGCUGCGCGACUUUCCCAUCUUUGAAAGCAACUUCGUGCAGGUGACCCGGUUUGGAGAAGUCGCCAACAAAGUCACCAUGGGGGUGGCAGCCUCUAGCCCUGCUCUGGAGCUGCCAGACCUGCUGCUGCUGGCCGGCCCUGACAAGGAGAAUGGACACCUGCAGCUCCUCGGACUGUUUCCCUUGCAAUUUGUGCAGUUGUUUGUGCAUGAUGAGAGCCGCCAGCAGCUCAAGGUCAAGUUCCGAACUGGUCGAGCCUUCUACUUGCAACUGCGCUCUCCUCCAGAGACCCGCGACUGCGAGUUUGGCCGCUGGGUGCGGCUGCUCUACCGCCUGCGAUUCCACUCGCCCACCUGCGCAGUGCCCUUCACGCACGAGGACACUGUGCCUGAGGAGGAUGAGGAUGAGGAUGAGGUCGAGGAGGGGCAGUUGCAGCCCCCGGAGUUUCAAGCCACAGAGGCCAGACUCGACCCACAGGUCUCAGAACUCUGGGGGCUCUGACUCAGACAAGAUCCUUCCAGAUCGCCAAAGGACCAGAAAUCAAGUCAGCUCAGCUCAGAGCCAGAGAGAUGGAAUUUUAAACUUAAUAAAGAUCAGGCUCUUAAGAACCUA